ACCCACUCAAUUUAUGUAUGGGACCCCGCCUACUUUAAAACUUUGCUUGUUGUUUGGGUCCCUCUUUGGGUUUCAUAAAGUUUCUCAGUGUUCUCUAUGGCUAGUCGUGCCAAGAGAAAGUCCCAGUCUCAGCCCGAGAUCAGGCUAGAGUUCAAGACGAAGGAGGGCUACUAUACAAACCUCAAAAGUCAUCGCUACAGCAAACCCAGGGGCUUGCCACUACUUGGCAAAGAGCUAUCACGGACUAGGGUCAGUGUCGUCUCUGUUAAGGACAUGCAGGGGCUCUCAGAGUGGGUCCUCUUUAACUCUGGGAAAGAGUUCUUUUGCUAUCCGUUCUCAGCGACAGAGAGGGUACCAGAUCUUACUAAUCCAGUUGAUAAGCACUCAUAUCGUGCCUCUUAUCCUCUCUCUCACGACGUUAAUCAAGCAACACGUAGUGUUGACAGUCUCGAUUUAGUAAUAGGUUUCAAUGGAGGGCCUUUGCAGCGUAUUAAUCCAAUCACCAAGUCAUCAAUAGCUCUUUAUAACAAUGAUCGUCUAAUUGAUCCAACUGAUGUGACAUGUGUCAGAUGGGUACCUGGUAGUGAAAUACAUUUUGUCUCAUCGCAUAUGAGCGGUAACCUCUAUACUUGGAACACAGAGCAAAAGUACAGGUCAUCAAAUCCCCCAACCUUCUCCGUACACAAGAAACUCAAGGACACGACCAUAUACAUCAGUCGGCCUAAGCACCGAUUCCCAGUCAUCAAUCGUUGGGGCGUGGGCCAUGGGCCCAUCACAGCCUUUGCUUUUUCUCCAGACACAACCCACAUAGCCGUCGCUAAUCAAGAUGGCUUCCUUAGGAUAUAUGAUUUUCACAGCAUGGAGCUCUACGGACGAAUGAGGAGCUACUACGGUGGGUUUCUCUGUGUUUGUUGGAGCCCUGACGGUAAAUACGUUGUGACCGGAGGAGAGGAUGAUCUCGUUAGUGUGUGGUCGUAUCAUGAUAAAGCUGUGGUGACCAGAGGAGAAGGACAUCACUCGUAUGUGAAUGGAGUCAGUUUCGAUCCUUACACAAUGGAAAGCGACUCAUUCCAACUCAACGAAAAGAAAAAGGAAGAGGAGGGAGGGCUGGCUCAGCCCUCGUCCUCUGAUCUAAGGAGUAGGAGCAGUCGGUUUUUUGAUGAGUGUGAGUCAUACCGGGUUGGGUCUGUAGGACAAGAUGGACUCGUGUGUCUUUGGGAAUUAACAAGUGACUCAUUAACAAUGCAGAGAAGAGGGAAUUGGAGCAGGACACGGACAGUGAUAUCGAAACAGGCUAGUGCCGGGGAGUGUGGAGAGGGAGGAGCUAAUGACGGGAGAGAGAGUGAGAAACACGAUAAAAGGAAAUCAGGAUCCCAAUGUCCUUCAUCAGCCAAUGAAGAUCAGCUACAUCUACCUAUUGAGAGCCCUGAUCAUGGACGCAAGGUGGAGGGCAAGGUUAAGGGAAAGAAGAAGAGACACAACAGUGAGAACGUUGAAGUGGAGCUAGUAUCUCCAACUGACAGCAUACCACAUUUUCCCGAUGGCGCAGAGUCUUCGUCUCUCUCCUCCGACUCAGCAAAAUCGAAAAAGAAGAAAUCAAUCGUCAAAUCGGCUACUAAAAAAAUCAAGAAUUUAGUGAAUUCUGGAGGAGGCGGAGGAGGAGGAGGUUUGGACAACGACCUCAGCAGCCCAAGACACCUCCAUGUGAAUAAUUUUGAAUCUUGUCAAAGCGACGACAUUGCACCGAAAAUGAUCGAAGUGAAUGUGAUCGAGCCACUCGUGUGCAAGAAGAUCUGGUCUGAGAGACUCAGUGAUAUCGUAUUUAGGGAAGACUGUAUUCUUAUCUCUACUGAGGACGGGUUUGUACAGUUAUGGGCGAGGCCUGGACGGAUUCCAGAGGAAGAAUUACCAACACCAUCAAAUCCAGGACUCAACAGUCCUAAAUCAGGUUCUGCUGGGGGAGAAGAAGAAUUGCCUCCUGCAACUUUACAAGAAGCGAAACACACUUCUGUGUAGCACUUAUUAUUAAUUAUUAUUAUUAUUAUUAUCAUUAUUAUUAAUUAUUGUUAUUUUUAAUUACUAUUAUUGUACAUGUUUGUUGCCUGUCAGCAGAAUCUAUUUAUAAUUUGAUAGUCUAAAAA